AUGGCCCCUGAAUUGCCUUUUAAAAUCUUACGAUUUAAACCUCAAACAGGAGAACAAAAAAAAAAGUCCGCAAUUAUAGUAUUACAAGAAUGGUGGGGAAUUAAUGAACAAAUCAAGAAACAUGCUCAACGUAUUGCUGAUAAUGUAAAGAUCAUGACAGUCGUUCCGGAUUUGUAUAAAGGAAAACUUGGAUUGUCAUCAGAAGAGGCUAGUCACUUGAUGAAUAAUUUGGAUUGGAAAAAAGCAUCAAUUGAAUUAGAAAAUUUAAAUGAUUUUUUAAAAAAAGAAAAUUCUUAUGAAAAAAUUGGAUCGAUUGGAUUUUGUAUGGGAGGAGCGAUGAGUUUAACUUUGGCAUCUCAUCUCGUCUCCAAAAAUGAUCCAUUAAAUGCUGUCAUCACAUGUUACGGGAUUCCUUCAAAUUCACUUGUGGAUAUAUCAAAUAUUGCGAUUAAAACACCAGUUCAAGGACAUUUUGGUAAAGAAGACAAAUUAACUGGAUUUAGUGAUCCUAAUGCAGCCAAUUCAUUUGAAAGAAGAUUAAGAGAAGGGGUCGAAAGAUUUGAUGUUAUGAAUUAUGAUAUUCAAAUUUAUCGAUAUGAUAAUGAAGGUCACGCAUUUUUAAAUGAUGAAGAAUGGUCACUUAAUAAACGUAAAGAAUUGGGAUAUGCGGGUGGUGAAAAUCAAGAGGUUAAAGAUUUAGCAUGGAAAAGAAUUUACGAAUUCUUUAAUAAAUAUUUAUAA